AUAUUCCUGUCCCACCCGGGGAUUCCCAUGAAAAAAAAAGUGUUGCACCAGCUCAUGAAGCACACACCCAAAGCAGGUGGAGCCAAAACAGCAGGAUAGGACAAGCUGCAGACUUUUAUAGAGGAGAGCUCCGAUAUGAAAGUACAUUAUCACAAGGGCCAACCUGUUAAGGAGACACAUUAUUCAGCCUUGACCGACAAGAGUGAAAACAGACUGAUAAUUGGAUAUUCAUCAUGGAGAUCAAUCGUGUACUGAGUGGAGAUCAGAUUGACUUUCUCUCUACUGAGUACAUCGUGUUACUCAUUCCCAGUGUGAUUGGGAGUUUUUCUGUCCUGGCGGUUUCCAUAUGGAAAUGGAGACGUCUACACCAACAGGUACACCUCCUGGUGCAGCUCGCCCUGGCAGACCUCCUGGCUGCUCUGAUCCUGAUGUCCACCAGUAUCAUGAACAAAGUCAGCACUGAAAACAGUGUGUUUGUCUGCCAAUACCUCCUGCCGCUGUCACUGACAUUUUAUUUGAUUUCAUGUCUGCUGGUGGUGCUUUACGCAUGGAAGUCCAAGAACGCAUUCCAAGGUUGGAGAGCAAGACCCACAGAGGACGAACGGGGACAGAGUCGGAGUAGAAGGAAAAUAGUCACUAUACCUGUCUAUGCCUUUGUCUGGUUGAUCCCCAUGGCAUUAUACUUAGCAUAUGUGCUCACUCCCUUCAUAAAACCUACUUUGCUGUUUCCAGUCACUGACCGAUCAUUGAUCCUCCCUAAUAAUACCAAAUACUGCACCAGUUGUAUUUUGUUCUUGCACAUCUGGAGGGAUUCCUGUUCUGUCACUGAGAGACUGCAUGACAUUUUUAUUAUAGUUUUUCUUAUCCUCAUCGUGAUACCAGUGAUGUUGUCCUGCGCUGUCAUUUACUAUAAGGUUGGUAAAUGGUAUGAAAGACAUGAGCAGGAAGGACUUUUUCCUGUGGAGGGAGAUGGACGUUCAAGGAGGAGAUUCAAAAGAAUGAUUUCGACAGCAAGAAAUAUGGUGAUGGUCAUCUUGUUCUGCUGGACACCAGCUCUUGUCCUCAUUCUGCUGUCUACUCUGAUGAUGUGGACAACCAUUGAACAACGCAGCCUAUUUGGCAUUUUUGCGAUACAGGCUGCCAGUGUGUCCCUGCAAGGCUUCCUGAACAGUAUGGUUUACGCCUGGAGGCGGCCCAACUUCACGGAGGCCAUUCUUGGGGAGAAUACACCCCUGGUGGCACACGACCGCCUGGCCUUCUUUGAGGAAUCACUGAGGAGCUCGUAGUGAUUCUUGACUCUAAACGCAUUCGGAGACAUUGUUGUGCCAUGGGAACAACACUCUGGCCUGAGAAAGACUGACUGCACGCCUGCACACUACAUGACUUCGUGUCAUCAUUGUGAAACACAAAACUAUUUCAUUUGAGGACUGGGGAUGAAAAGAAAUAGAACAAAAAGUUAAAGGAUGCACAAAGACUCUUUAAAAAACACCAACUGAUGCAGUGUUUUACUCUGCAGCUGCUGGGAGCAAAAGGGACUACUUGAUAAAUUGUAAAAGUGAGUUAUAUUUAUAUAUGUUCUGUUAAUGUACUGUUUUAUUAAAAUUUUUAAAAUGUCAGAGAAUUAUGUAAUUAUUGUGGCAAUGGGUUUCUAUUUUGUUAUGUUUUGUCACAUGCAUUUUGUUCACUGAGGUGUUUUUUUGACUAUGUGCUUUGUUAUCGACUUGUUAUGCAAUAGUCCCUCAGCAGAACAAUACAAGAAUGAUGGAGAACCUGUCAGGGUUGCAUACUCUGCAUUCACCAUUGUGUCAUUUCAGAAGCACGCGUCACCUACAAUAACACAGAGUUCAGUGUGAGGAGCAUUUAUGAGUUGGGACAGUGAGGAAUGUUGAGUUGCUGCAGAAAAGAGAAGGAACACGAUAUCUGCUUUGUCACGUCUGUGUGCGACCACAACUGUAUCUUGUAAAAAAUAAUGUGUGGUUGUGUAACUGAGGUCACUGGUUGUCUACACACACACACACACACACACACACACACACACACACUUGCUAAGAUCGUCAUUGUACUGUACACUGUACACUGUACAUUCCCUACUCCCUUACCGUAACCUUAACAAUCCCAACUAAAUGCCUAACCCUAAUCCUAACCUAAACCUAAUUCUAACCUGAACCCUAGAACUGAGUCUUAACCCUCAAACAGGCCUUUGAAAAAGUGAGGACCGGCCAAAAUGUCCUCACUUUGCAAAAAUGUCCCCACUAUGUUACUAAAAUACAUUUUAUGGUCCUCACUGUGUAGCAUGUACAAGUACACACACACACACACACACACACAGACACACACACACACACACAUAAAUACAUACACAAGCACUGGCACAAAGAUCAGUACACACUCUUUUUGUCGUAUGAACUCUGUGAUCAUGUUUAGUCACAUGUGUCUGUCUUCCAGUUGAACACUCUGUUAAUGGUUAACAGGCUGCAGGCCAACCUGUUGCUGCUUGUAUAAGUGAUCACCUGACUCGCUCAGUUAUCUACUGUACUGUAAAGCAAACUUCAUGUUCACUUUCUUUUCUGAGGGCCACACAGUUGCAUACAUGGGGUUGAUGCAAACAAUAAAACAUAAAGGUUAUACAUAACACAAGGCUUGUGACAAUCUAAUUGCACAACACGGUUAAAAAUUUGAGAUAUGUCUGUGAAAAAACUUUUUUUGUGCCUGUUUAAAAAAAUAAAUGUUCCAUUCUGCA